AUGAUGAUGAAGACUAAUUUGAUAUGUACAGCUAUCAUCUUCUUCUUCCUUGCAAUCAAGGGAUCCAAAGCCGACGACUUUAAGUUAGUUGUCCAAAAGGCAUGCUCCGGCGCUCCACACAACACUCUAUGUAUUGAAUCUCUUAACAGCGCCGCCGGGAAGAGCGUUUCAACUGAUCUAGGAGGAGUACUAUGUGUAGCAGUGAAUGCUGUAUAUAAAAAUCUUACCGAUACACAGGCUUACGCUAAGAAGAUUCAUGCAACGAUGAAAUCAGGAUUCAUGAGUCAAACUGUAUUCGAUUGCAGCAAUAGUUACACCGAUGCUGUACUUUACACGGAGAAGGCGUUAACAGUUUGCGAGAAGAAAUCAUAUGGUGAGGUUAAGGGUAAUUUGUUGGCGGCAAUGGCGGAUCCUAAGAUUUGUGAGGAUAAAUUUACACUUGUUCCAGGUACAGUCUCUCCGUUGAAAUCUAGGAAUGAAGUUCUUCUACAGCUUUAUGGCAAUGCGAUCGCCAUCAACGAUUUGGUUAAUGGCAUCAAGCGUUGA